AUCGGGAAUCCCUGACAACAUGUCUUAUUCUGUUUAUGUCAGUUAUAUUUUUCACAUGGUGGCUCUUUCUUUGAUAUCUCUCUUGGGAACAAUUGGAAAUGGUCUGGUCAUCUGGUUCGCUGCCUUCAGGAUGAAGAAGACUGUCAACUCAAUUUGGCUUUUAAGUUUAGCUGUUGCCGAUUUUACCUUCAGCUUAUUUCUACCCUUAACCAUCACAUAUUUGGCCCUUAACUAUAAGUGGCCAUUUGGAACCUUCAUGUGCCACCUAAACCAUCUUGUUUUAUUCAUCAAUCUGUCUGCCAGUGUCCUACAACUCACCGUCAUCAGCAUUGAUCGCUGCAUCGCCACGGUAUACCCCGUUUGGUGCCAGAACCAUCGCACCGUUAGACUGGCUGUGAAAGUCGUCGUUGUAGUUUGGAUUCUCUCUCUUAUAUUUAGCAUACCUUACAGCAUAGACACAAACUCAGCAGGCUUAACUUCACUUUUGAUUUGCUUUAUACCUGGAAGUGGUGCAAGUUUUAUAUACAAAGGUCAAGUCAUCGUACGAUUUAUUGGCUUUUUUCUUAUACCUUUUCUGAUCAUUCUCUUGUGUUACGCUGUGAUCUUUUGGCGCAUCCGCAGAAAUCGUAUAGCCACAUCUACCAAGCCCUUCAAAGUUAUUGCAGCUGUUGUAUCAUCCUUCUUUAUUUGUUGGUUUCCUUAUCACCUCUUUUCCAUAUGGAUGCUCGUCGCGCCAAAUGAUUUAGAAUUUCAUGCUAAGCUCCAUGUUGGAACGGUGAUAUCUACCUGCUUGGCUUAUACAAACAGUUGUGUCAAUCCAGUCCUCUAUGUCUUCAUGGGUCAAGACUUCAAAGACACAUUCUGGAGGUCCAUCCAGUCUACUCUUGAGAGAGCAUUCAGUGAGGAGGCCAACCAAGUCAAGACAAAUAGAAAUAUAGGUGACUACACAUCCUCAGCUACUUGUGCAAUAAGCCAGUUAUGAAAUGAAAUGAUUUACAAAGGUAUGACAUUACA